AUAAAGCACAUGUAUCAGCAUAUGGUGAAACAGAGGACGGGGAGAUUGUAAUAAAUGAACCAUGAUAAUUCUAAAAUACUGUUGAUUAUAAAUGAUUUAAAAAUUUAAGCCGUAACGUACUUCUUUAUUUAGCUCAUUACUGCAACACAUUUGUCUUUUUACAAUGAAAUGAAUCUAUAGUUACAUGAAGGGUGGGUUUUGUAUAAAAUUUCAUACAUGGUAUCUGUAUAAAUUGGUAAAACAUGCAAUUUUCUUAAAUAUAGCUAGAAAUACGGAACUUUAUUGUUUGGAAUACAGUUUUUUCAUCAGAUCAACGAAAACAAAAUACAAAAAUAUAAUAAACAGAGAAACACUCAUCUGUCCAUGAUGUGUUGGGAAGUCUGAUUGCAGUGGCUUUAAAUUAAAAAUGUUAUUUAAUAUAAUUUUGAAUUAAGUGUCGAAGCUGAAAAAGAGACAUUCAUGUUUUCUUCUUUAUCAUUGUCUUUGUCUAAGAAAAUACUGCUGUUCUUCAAUAAACUGUGAUAUAAACGACAUAUUUUCCACUGUACUACAACAUUAUUAUCAUUCUUUGUUUCCAAAAUUACCAGUUUGUAUGAAAUUGCGUUGGAGAAUUUGAAUAACUGCAUAUUUGUUGUGAAUGCAGGAUUUUGGUGUAUUAAAAACAUGCUUUGUCGAUCUUGGCUGAGAAAUGUAGAGGGAAAUUCCUCAUGCCAAUCUACCCUUCAGACAUCUUUUGAUUUCAUCUGAAUGGGCUCUGGUUUUAGUUGCUUUGACGUGUUUAAUCAGUUUUGCAUUCAUCUUCCAGUCUGUGCAACUGAACUGGUAGCUUUGCUGCUGCUGUCGCUGGCCUUACUGACCUCACUGUGUCUGAAUGUCAUAUUCUGCAUCCUGAGACGAAGAACAUCUUUGUGCACAAGCACAGACGUCUGCUGGUGCUCGCGCUUUUAUGAAGGAGAAGGCCUGACACAGGAUGAAGAGCACUAUCUUCAUGACCUGAAUCACCAUGAGAACAACAAAAAUCCCCACAAUUUUCAAGAGCAACAGGAAAAUCCAAUCUAUGGCAACAUCACCACAGACAGAAGAGGUUCUGUCGAGGUCUAUGAAAUGAUGACCAUGUGCCCGAGCGAUCGUGUUAAGACUUUACAGCCCGACCUGAAUUACGCCUCACUGGAUCUGAAGGUGGCAAAGAAACGCAAGAGGAAGCAUUGCCAUCAACAAGGUCAGACACAGGGACGAAACAAUCCUCAAGAUCAGCUGCCAGUGCACCUCACCCCCCCUGUGAAUGCUUUCCUGGGACUAGAAGCAGACAUGGAUGCUUGCCUUCCUUCCAGAGACAACAGCCCAAUGGUUUCACACAGCAGCAUCUACCUUAACAGUCAACAGAUAGCCCAGGAGGCAGAGGAGAUGGAAAGAGAAAGGGGCAUAAACAUGGAAAGGGAGAAAAUGGGCUGGCAAGGAGUCAGAGGGAGGGAGGGAGGGGGGAGCAGGAACUGGAAAGAGGGGCGAGAGAUUGAGGAAUGUACAAAUAGGGAGGAAUAUAGCAAUGGGAUUGAAGGGACACAGCAACCAGAGGAAGAGUCCAUUCAGAACAGCACAGACCAUUUCAUUAUCAGCUUCAGCUCUGAUAGUGACCAACAAGUUCAAGUAGACGACGUAUGAAGACGGACUUCUUAUUUAAAUUGUACAGAUGUGAAUUCAAGGCCACUCGACAACGGAAAUAAAAGCUAUUGUUCAUUUUUGCUUUGGUGAGAAUGAAAACUGUUAUCUUCAGUAUUCAACAAGCCCUGCGCUAUUGCACAAUUUCCUCUUUGAUGCACAGAAACUACCUCUUGAACUCCUCACGUUGAGCAACUGAGGAUCAAAAAGUACACCUUUCUGUGCAGAGGAUGUAAUUAACGUAGGGGAUACACAGACGAAAGGAAAGUAUGACCUUUAGAUGUCAGAGGACACACGGAAAAUUUCUAAAUGUUGUGAAAGACAGGGAAACAUCAAGUCAUCACAGGACAUGGAAGAUGCAUAUUUUACUAUUUCUGAUGUCUCAUAUACAUUUGCAUAUAUUAUAAAAUCUUAUUUUUACCAUAUUUUCCAUCCCGUGGGCGAUGGCCAAGUAUUGUGAGACAGUGCUUUCUCUAAUAAAUAUUUAAACCCAUAAAGACCCAGUUUUACUUUUGUGGCACUUCCCAAGUAAAUUUUUCUUUAGAUUUCACCUUUCUUAAAUGAUUUAUCACCAUUUAUUAUAAUAUUAUCCUCUGCGU